AAACAUUCCUAUUCUUGUCAAUAUGGUGGACAAAUCACUCUGAAAGUUUAAAGAUUAAAUCAGCUUUUCUUUCACGUUUUGUGCACGUUUUAGGACAUGGAAACGAUGGUGGGUUUGUGAGAGACUAAAUCGUGAUUUAUUUUAGCCAAAAAUGAGCGUAGCCGUGUCAGAAAGCUGGGCAGAAGGCUCGAAUUUGAAUUUAUCCGAGCCACCUUGCAAUCGUUCCUCGCCGAAAACAAGUCCUGCCGAGGCAAACAAGCAGAAAUUUAAAUCCUCUACAGCAACACCUUGUGCUUUGAGUUAUUUAGAAGGCGGGAGUUCGCAUUCAAAGAAUGUUUUACCAGCAAUCAAAGGCAGAAAUGAGGAUUUUUAUAUGGAAGGAGAUAUGACCAAAUCUGGUGUCCAAAAGGACUUUAUCCCGCUUGACAUUUUAACAAGUUUGACUCAAAUUCCUUCGCCACCGUCGAAAGAGCAGUUAGGACCACCUGGCAAGUUUAAAAAGACUGAGGUAAUUAAGCAAGGAAGAGGUUUUGUUAAGUGUAUAUUGAACUAUAAAUUGAAGAUGUAGUGUGUAAUGUACUUUUAAAUGCUUUGUUGUUAAAAGUAUAGUUGAACGGACACCUUUAAGACCUCGCAAAUGUGUCCACUUAAAAUGGGUGUCUGCUUAACUGCAAUUUGACUACCAUUUGACGCACGAUAGUGGUUAGUGACCCACCAUAUCUUCGGUGUACAAGGAUAUGUUUUUUGCCAGUUUGGUGCACACCAAACUGAUUUCUAGAAAAUGACUGGCAAUAUUUUUGGGGUGGGAGAAAAUCCAUCUAUGGUCUAUACCAAAACAUUUUUGAUUUCCAUGUAUUAAUUAUUGUGUAGAAGCCGAGCAUAAGAAAACGACCAGCUAAUGUAUGGAACUACAACAAAGGUCGAGACAAGUUGAAGCAUCUUGUUGAAAACCCUCCAUGUUUAUGUGGAGCAGGAAGGUAUUAAUCUUAUGUUCAUCUCAAAAUAUACAACCCACCUCUUUUCGUAUACUUUUUCUCCCCACCAUCCUCUGCCCCACAGUUCAUAUCCCAACCUUCCCCUUUUAACACUUGCCCAAAAUCAUAUCCAAACAUUCACUUUAUAACAUAAUUUCUGCCUUAACUCUUCAUUUUUUCCUCUUUGAUCCCCUUAUCCCCACAUUCAUCCCCCCAUCUCAUUCUUUUUGAUUUUCUCCAUUCCAACCCACCCUUCCCCUUGUCCCAUCCUCCUUGAUUACUUUCACCCUAACCUCUUACUUGACUCCCUCAUUCCACCCAUCCCCCUUGGAAUCCUGCCACCUCCCCCCCAUUUCUCAAACUCACCCCACUCCUCCUUCAUCCAACCAUCUCAUUCCCCCUAACUGCCCACAUCUCAACACCCCCCAUCUCAACACCCCCCAUCCCAAACCCACUUGAUAUUCCCCGUCCCUCCCUUAACACUUUGCCUUAAAUUAGCGACUGGAAACCGCAACAGCCUAGGCCAAUUACUGCGGAACCAUUAUUACAUUAAACUGUCUUCCCACUUAUUUGCCCUCACCCCACCUCCUCACCUUACUCCCUUAUUCCCCUUAUCUUAACCCCCCUUAGCCUGAAAAUAGACCUACGUUUUGCCCACCCUAAACUUUGCGGGUCGACGGAAAGGGCGAACUAAACAGGUCAUUUUUCAAAGUAGUUGUCGCCCUUUCCAUGACGCCACAAAUUUUAGGGCGGGCGAAACGUAGGUCUGUUUUCAGGCUAAACCACCCUGUCCCAAAUUAGCCAUAGCAUUUCUGAAGGAAAUAAUUUUCUUUAUUUUAGAGACAUCUCAUUUCUUUAUGAUGCACUUGCUGAUAAGAAUGAGAAGAAAGGCGACAAGACCAAACAAAAAACUGAGGAAGUUCCUGGCACUGCGAUCAAGAAUUCUCAAUUACAACCAGCAAAAGAUGCUCCCUCUGCUACGCCAGUAAGUUCGUUGGUAACAAUAUCAGAAAAGUUGAUAACAAUGUUCCUUGGUAUGACGUCAGAAAUGCAAUUAUAAAAAUAAAAAUGAAUGAUGUAACAAAUGUAUUUUUAGCAAUUCUGGGACACCUGAUUUUCAAAAUUUUCUGCGGUGCACAGAUCCCCCUGAUAGUGCCCCCUAGCAGUGCCCUUUUUUGUUUUUUUGGCAUCUGUAUUUACCUUAGGAUCGACCCUUGAUGAAAUGAGUUUUAUGUUAUACAUUCCUAAAAUAUUAAAUUAAUUAUAUAUUAAGAUUCUCAGUGCACUGAAAUAAACUUUUUCUGUUAAAACAUAUAGCCAUGAUAUCCAGUUUGACAAGUUGUUAGUGUCACUCACAGCUAUAGUAUCCGAGUGUCUAUUCACUUGAUUAUUUGCAGAAAUUACGUAGAAUGCAGGACUCAAAAUAACGACCGGUCAACGGACAAUGACCGGCCAAAAAUGCUUGUUGACCGGUCACUUUUUUACCUCGCCGGUCACUUUGACCGUCCUCAUUUUAACGCCUUUUGCUAUAGAAUUUUUUUUUUUUCCUCAGCAUAUCUGCUGAAACAUUGUCAAAGAAAGACUGUAUUUCAUGGCGAGUACGCAAUUAUACGUCCACAAGAACGUCAAUUUACGUACGACAAAAACAUUGUUUGUUCUUGAACAAAACGUAACUAGUACUUAGUGCUGGUUUAACCCGAAUGGCUGAAAGGUUUCGAUUUUGUUUUCAUUUUGUUUCAAGUGAUGUGUUGACCGAGGUAAAAUCAUGUUGACCAUUCAUUUUGACCGGAGAACUCACAUCGUUACUUUAUUCUAGGACGCAUCUCAAAUCCCAAACACCCUGGUCCCCGCUGAAUACCACCUGGUCAAAGACCCCGGGGUGCUUGGCCUAGAAUUCUCUGACGACCUGCACACCACCCACCUAAAGGAACAUGGAGAACAUUUAACCAUAUUCCCCUCCAUGAAACCAACAGGUCGGCAAGAAGUCCUGAAACUAAAGCACGCCUUCGAAGCUAUGCUUUCUCGCGCUGGAAUCGACGAUGAAAGCAAAGAGUUGAGCGGACCGACUCAAAUUCAUAAUUUAUUAGAAAUAGUGAAAAAGGAACAGAAUAUGUAUAAUAUUGUUUUUAAUGAACUUAUACGACAAUGUACUGUUGAAUGUGUUGAGAGAGGAGAGCUUUUGGCUAAUUUGAGGAAGAGAUAUGCUCAACUUUUGGACAGAAUACCUCGACAGGUCAUGAGGUAAGGUAUCUCAAACGUGGUGGUCCAGUGUAGGUAGUAUUCUGCAACAAGCUUUCGUGGUUUGUGUCUGAACUACCUGAAAAAGAUAUCUCAAACGUGGUGGUCCAGUGUGGGUAGUAUUCUACAAUAAGCUGUCAUGGUUUGUAUCUGAACUACUUGAAAAGAUAUCCCAAACGUGGUGGUCCAGUGUAGGUAUUAUUCCACAUUAAGCUGCCGUGGUUUGUGUCUGAACUACCUGAAAAAGAUAUCUCAAACGUGGUGGUCCAGUGUAGGUAGUAUUCUACAAUAAACUGUCGUGGUUUGUGUCUGAACUACCUAAAAAAGAUAUCUCAAACGUGGUGGUCCAGUGUAGGCAGUAUUCUACAAUAAGCUGUCGUGGUUUGUGUCUGAACUACCUGAAAAAGAUAUCUGAAACGUGGUGGUCCGGUGUAGAUAGUAUUCUACAGUAGCUAGGCUGUUGUGUUUGUGUCUGAACUACAUGUACCUGAAAAAGAUCAAACGUGGUGGUCCAGUGUCGGUAAUAUUUUACAAAACGAUGCUUACCAUGCAGUCAGUUACAUUUCUUUCUAAUUUCCUUUCUAUUCUAAAUCUUAGUCUUCAUCAAGAAGUGUUGGCUCAAAGAGCCUUAGACCGACGACUGACAGAAGAACUGAUCAGAUUUAAAGCAAAUGUCUCAGCGUUAACGAGUGAACUCGAUGCCGUGAAAGCGCAUGAUCAUGAAGUGACGAAGCAGGCAAUACAGGUAAACUGUUCUUCCUAGAGGUCCAGUAAGGGUCAUCUCUUAUUGAUGCAGUGUUACUACAGGAGGAAACCUAAACUAAACUAACUUUAUUUAUACUGGAUAGCUCUAUCAGUUCUAAACUGUUCUUCCUAGAGAUCCAGUAAAUAUCAGCCCUUAUUGAUCCAGUGUUACUUACAGGAUGAAACCUAAACUAAACUAACUUUAUUUACACUGAAUAACUUUAUCAGUUCUAAACUCUUCUCCUUGGAGCUGCAGUACGGACAAUCUUUUAUUGGCCCAGGGAGGGAGGGAGGGAAGGCAGUGCUCAAUGAAAUAACCUAUGAUGCUUAGUUGGUCAAAGUGAAUCACUUUUCUCCCAUGCGACUGAUGUUACAGCGAAACCUUUGCCUCUCUCUAGGUACAACAAGAGCUCAACGAAGCUCUAAUGGAAUCGGAGAAGAAUGCAAACUUGCUGGAGGAGUACCACGAAUUGUAUGAACUCCAGAGAAAACGCUUGGAGAUAUUCGUUCGCACGUUGACGGAAGAACGAGAUCUGUGGGGCAGUGCAUCGUAUAUACUGGCUUUGAAAGUCACUGAUCAUCAUAAAUUGAAUGUUGCCAAACGAUUGCAUUUGCAUGAGAGAGCUUGGUCCAAAUUAGCAAGACAUUUUAGUCUUAGCCUUAGUCAAAAGGAUAGCGAGCAGGUUAGAAUCGGGUGUAGCUUCAUUUUUUUUUUAGCAAUUUGUCCUCAAUGAAAGUGCUAGUAUAAGCUUUGAACUCGGUCAUGUUUGAGCUGCGUCUUUCUCAAUUCAGCACUUAGAUCAUACUGAUUUUCGCCACACGUUAUUGACAGAAAAAAGUUGGAAAAGUGUUUACUUUGCGGUAAACUUAUCAUUUAUAAAAAAAAUAGUUUCAUAUUAUUCUGAUACUGCAGAGUUCAACGAAAAAUAUUUGUCUCGAGCGGGACAGCAUAAUAUGAAAGUAGUUUGUUUUUCGUGUCUCUGAGAAUGGUUCUAAAAUAGAAUUCUCAGUUAAAAUAACGUUGUGGUAUGGUAUGCUUGCUCUAUAGCUUCAAGAUGUCGUGACAAACUUUCAAUCUUGGAAAGAUCUAGCUGAGAAAUUCAAUAAUCAGUUGAUGAAGAAUGAAUCAAAUUUGAAAAAAAAUCUCGAAGUUGCUGUACAACAGCUACAACGUUGGAGAAGUGAAUUUGAACGAGUUGUCAGGUAUGAAAGAAAUAUCCACAGUCUUUCAGUUCAUUGGAUAGCUCUAUUUCUUUAGAUGUCCAGUAAGGUUAUCCCUUGUUGCUCACGUCAUACUACAGAAGGAAGUCGAAACUUUAUUUAUUGUGGACAGCUUUAUCAGUUCUGUAACUGUUUUCGUUUGAAAACAAUGUUUGCUGGUUUGUUCACCUUGGGGAACACGGGUAGAAAAUAAUGAUCAAUAUAUAUAAUUUCCUCUUCCAGUCCAGAUCAAGGCAGAGUCCAGGCGCCCGGAAGAGAGCUUAUUGAAGAACUACUCAGCGAUAUGAAAGCUUGGGAAGAUAUGUGUAAUAAAGAAGCAGAGAAAUUUGUUGGAGGAAAUUUAUUAUCUUGUCAAGAUCAGCUUUAUCAUUUGUACAAGAGGGUCGAAGCUUGGACCGAUGACGCGCACAAGGUACAGUUGGGUACACCUAGGUACCUUUGGGUACAAAUUGGGUACACUCAGGCACCUUUGGGUAUACUUGAGUGCACUUGGGUACACUUAGGUACCUUUGGAUACCAUUGGAUGCAGUUUGAUUUCAAGAUUUUUAGCUCAAAUUGCAAUUCCAGCUCAAAUUCCAUUUACGUGUCAAUAAAUCUUCGUUUUCCUGAUCGAGACAUCAGCCAUCCUAGAUCCCUUUAUCCGUUUCAUCCGUUCUGCGCAUGUGGUUAAACCCAAUAUCUGAAUGACGAAAACGAGGCUCGAUAGCAGUACUUUCCGGAAGGGUAUAUUACUGAGAUUCUAUUAUUUUCUUUGUCAGGUAUUUCGACGCCAUCAACAAGAUGGACAGAACGUCAGGUACAAUGAAGAAAUGUCCGCCAUCAAUCAGAACGUUGAAAAACUACAUCAGCAGUUCCAAGUUCGUGCCAGUGGCGAAAAUGGCGUGGCUAAAGGAUUGAUUGACAUGAGCAACCCCAUCGAAUCAUGGUUAGUUUUAGCAUGUGCAACCCAGCCUCGUAGCCAGGCCCUUUGCUCCGACGAGCGUUAGAUGAAACCACCUGGGGGUGAGGUUGUGUGUGACGUUGAAGAAUACAGUGCUGUUGUCG